CUUCCCUCCCUGCCCCCACCUCCCGUUUUCCACUCUCUCUUUCCCCGUUAUUCCCCCUUUUCCCCCUCUAUCUUGCCCCCUUCUCCAGGAUCUACCUGCCACGGACCCCGUCGGCAGCCGUCGACUCCUGCUCAGCCUCUUCUCCUCCACGCGUCUCCUCUCAAAACCAGCCUCCUCUUUUAUACUCCCCCCACCCAUCACCACCAGCAUCCCUCUCUCUCUCUUUCUCUCUCACGCUCUCUCCCCCUCCAUCCCCUUUGUCACACGCUCCCUCACUUUCUGUCUCCCUCCUCUCACCUCUCUCCUUGCUUCAGUCGGUCUAAAAGAGGGCAGAAUAACAGGAGGAGGAGGAAGACGAGGAGGGCUAGGCAGGCCGACGGCGCGUGAGCGAGAGAGAGAGAGAGAGAGAGAGAGAGAGAGAGAGAGGGGAAGGCAGGGCAGGCCGAGGGCUCUUGCCUUUUUUCCACCUGUUUAUUUUCAGUACCAUGGACUGCCUCUGCAUUGUUACAACCAAGAAAUACAGGUACCAGGAUGAGGAGACCCCCCCUCUGGAGCACAGCCCUGCCCAUCUAGUCCCGGGGAAGAGCAGCGAGCUGAUGCACCUGAGCAACAAAAGCCUGGCCCCCAUGGAUGGUGUGCAUGGAUACGCACCACACACGCACCUCUCUCCCAUAAAGCCAGUGUUGCUGUCGACCGGCCACACCCCUGUCUACACCUCCGCUGCAUCCACUCUGGCCCACACUCCUCCUCUGGUUGUUAACACUGAAACACUUGAUGGCUCUCCCUACGUGAAUGGGACGGAUGGAGAAUUGGAGUAUGAGGAAAUCACGCUGGAAAGGGGUAACUCAGGUCUGGGCUUCAGCAUUGCAGGGGGGACAGACAACCCCCACAUCGGUGAUGACUGCAGCAUCUUCAUCACCAAGAUCAUCCCAGGAGGGGCAGCUGCACAGGACGGCAGACUCAGGGUGAACGACAGCAUCCUGUUCGUCAACGAGGUGGACGUGCGGGAGGUGACACACAGCCAGGCCGUGGAAGCUCUCAAGGAAGCCGGUGCCAUCGUCAGGCUCUACGUGAUGCGCAGGAAACUGCCGGCGGAGAAGAUCACGGAGAUCAAACUCAUCAAGGGCCCAAAAGGUCUGGGCUUCAGUAUAGCAGGGGGAGUGGGCAACCAGCACGUCCCUGGAGACAACAGCAUCUAUGUUACCAAGAUCAUUGAGGGCGGGGCCGCUCACAAAGAUGGGCGGCUGCAGAUCGGCGACAAGAUACUGUCUGUGAACAACGUGUGCCUGGAGGAUGUCAUGCACGAGGACGCGGUGGCUGCCCUGAAGAACACGGCAGAGGUAGUCUACCUGAGGGUGGCCAAGACCAGCAGCCAGUACCCCAUAGAGACCUACAACCCCCCUGACAUCACUAGCUCCUAUUCUCCGCAUCUGGAUGCAGAUAUGGGCCAUCCAAACUACCUUGUCUCGGAUUACCCACAAGCCCUCACUCCCUCAUCUCCGCGCAGAUACUCCCCCAUUCCCAAGGGCAUGCUGGGAGAUGACGACCUACCCAGAUACCUCUCUGUCGCUCUUUCUCCUCCUCCACCGCUCCCUCUUUUCGCCAGGGAGCCCAGACGAGUGGUCAUCCACCGAGGCUCCACGGGGCUCGGCUUCAACAUUGUGGGCGGCGAGGACGGCGAAGGAAUCUUCAUCUCCUUCAUCCUGGCGGGGGGGCCGGCGGACCUGAGCGGGGAGCUGCGCAAGGGGGACCAGAUCCUAAGUGUCAAUGGAGUGGACCUUCGGCACGCCACCCAUGAACAAGCGGCCGCGGCGCUUAAGAAUGCAGGCCAGACUGUCACCAUCAUAGCCCAGUACAGACCAGAAGAGUAUAGCCGGUUCGAGGCAAAGAUCCAUGACCUGCGGGAGCAGCUGAUGAACAGCAGCUUGGGAUCUGGAACCACAUCUUUAAGAGGCCUCCCUAAAAGGAGCUUCUACAUCAGGUCGCUCUUUGACUACGACAAGACAGCGGACUGCGGCUUCCUCAGUCAGGCACUGAGCUUCCGCUUCGGCGAGAUCCUUCACGUGCUGGACUGCACCGACGAGGAGUGGUGGCAAGCGCGGCGGAUCAGCAUAAACGGAGAGGUGGAGGAGGUCGGCUUCAUCCCCAGCAAGAGGAGGGUGGAGAGGAAGGAGUGGUCUCGCCUGAAGACGAAAGAGAGGGACCGGAGUCGAGACAGCUUAGGUUCACAAGGGAGAGAUGAUUUCAUACAGAGCUAUGAGAUGGUCACGCAAGUGGAAGUGCAUUAUGCACGGCCAAUCAUCAUCCUGGGUCCGACCAAGGACAGGGUCAACGAUGACCUUCUCUCGGAGUUCCCGGACAAGUUUGGCUCCUGUGUCCCCCACACGACACGGCCCAAACGGGACUACGAGGUAGACGGGCGGGACUACCACUUUGUGUCAUCGCGGGAACAGAUGGAGAAGGACAUCCAGAGCCAUCGGUUCAUCGAGGCGGGCCAGUACAACAGCCACCUGUACGGCACCAGUGUGCAGAGCGUCCGGGAGGUGGCCGAGCAGCAGGGGAAGCACUGCAUCCUAGAUGUGUCGGCCAACGCCGUGCGCAGGCUGCAGGCCGCCCAACUCCACCCCAUCGCAAUCUUCAUUCGACCCAAGUCUUUGGAGAACAUCCUAGACAUAAACAAGCGCCUGACUGAGGACCAGGCUCGUAAAGCCCUGGACCGAGCCAUUAAACUAGAACAGGACUUUGUUGAGUGUUUCUCAGCUAUUGUGGAAGGUGACAGCUUCGAGGAGAUCUAUCACAAAAUCAAGGCUGUGAUCGAAGAACAGUCCGGGCCUUACAUCUGGAUCCCGGGGAGGGAGAGACUCUGAGAUGCUCACUCGCCCGUCUGUCCUCCAGUUUCCUCCUCCUCCUAUCUCAUUGGCCGUUUCUAUGGCUACUGUAGACCCCUCAUUUGUGGGUGUUUCCAUUUGAAACAAGGACUAACAAGAGUUCAGUGCACAACGUGAAGUUCAAAUGGAGCUUCAGCCUCCCCUACUCUUCCACACUCCCUCCUCUCACCUUUAUCCUUAUCCCUUACCUUCCUCUGUCUGUAAGAAGGAGGGAUAGAAAGAGAGAGAAAGCAAAAUGUGUCUGGAAAACGGACAGAUUUCAAAAACAAUCAGUAGGUGCUGCAGUUUCACCGAACGUAGAAGCGUAAAUAAUAAUAGCUUGUCUAAUAAAACGGCAAACCAAACACUGCUGGCUGUUUCCCUGAAUUAAAUGUCAUUCGCUUCCGCUCUGAGGGACACAGAUUUGAUGGACCAAACAUGGUGUAAAAUCAGCCCCCGCGUUAGCUCUCCUGUGCAUGUGCAUUUAACGAUAUAAAGUGGGUGUUGAUGGGGACAGGGGAGGCAGAGGAGGACAGCGCUGGAGAGGAGAGAUAAAGGAUGGGGGAAGGGUUAGGAAGAACAGAUGCUGCUUAGUCUAGCUGCUCUAUCUGCGGAGGUUUGAAGUGGUUCGAGAGGCAGUGAGGCUAGGGGGACUUGGCUGACCACUAGGGGCGCUCACCCCUCUACAGCCUUGUUCUUCAUAACCAGCACACAGAAAAGCACCUCCCUGUUUUUUCACCUGUCCAUUUCUCAGCCCAGAAUGGUGCUUUCUCUCUCCGUCUGUCUCUGAAGGCCUUUCUCAAAGAUGAAUGCGACAUGUAACAGAUUUAGACUAAAAUACAAAUGUGUAAAUUAAAUCUAUAUUUUUAAGGAACAGACAAAUUAUAACAGGUGUUUGAAUCUUGUACAGCAACAUAUCUUAACACAGUUUUCAUUUAAAUAGAUUCAAUUCAAUUUGGUGUGUUUUUUUUGGGGGGUGGGGGUGGAAUUAAGGGGCAUGUGACUUUAUAUAUGCUGGGCAGUGGUGGUCGAUUCUGAGCCGUUCAAAAGGGAUGGGGGACUGUGGUUAUUGGAUGUCUGAACACUUUUCUCAGCCAGGAUGCCCUGAACCGUCUGUGCUUGCCAGCCUCCAGACAGCAGGGGGCGACCUACUUCCACCGCCUGCACCUCAACGUGGAUGGCAUAUGCUGAACUUCUAUGCGAGGGCAGCUUCUAACCUUCAGCUGGAACUGGCCAGUUCACCUCAGCAAUUGGACGGUUCACUCUAUGAUUUCAUGCUGUGGACUUAACAGAGACCCAGACACGUACCUAGACUUUUUUUCUUUUUCUUUUUUUUUUUACAGAUCAAACGGAUCUUACAGGCCUUGCUUUUUUUAAGGCAUCGAGGUACAACACACUCAACUUGGUUACUUAUAAAUGACUCCUCAAUUAUGCCAUGCAGAUUGUUCUAGUGCUUUCCAGUAUAAAUGGUUUCAUAUGAAGGUCUGGGAGUUGCUGGCGUCAUUCUGAUGCUUAGCCGCCUCUCGGCUGGACAGUCGGGCAAAAACCCAAACUGACUUUAAGCGCAAAGGUCCGGUGAACACACGCUCCGUAACAAGGCAGAUCAAUGCUGUCAUACCUCAGAGAAAAAAAAAAACAAAUGUUUGGAAAUCGACCCCUUUUUGUCCAGGACAUGUGUCCCUUUUCUCAGUCCUCACAUGGUCACAGGGAAGGUGUCCCAGGCCCACGUUCCAGACCCGCUAUCCCAACUGGAAGGCCGGUAAUGAGCCUGUGCCCCCCAUGUCUAAUGGCGUCCCGUGGCAGGCUCAGUCUCGGAUCCGGUGCUUGGAAGGGGGCUAGCGUUUCCAGCAGCGGGAUCCCUGCCAUUCGUACCAAAUUGUCCCGCGUUGGGGACGCCAUCUCUACGGCCGUGUCCAUCCACGUCCCUGUUGUCUCCCUCAUUCACGUCUUUGCUUAGGGCUACUUAACACAAGUUGAUACGGCUCGUGUGGCCAGUGGCUGU